UCACUCAACACAACACGAAGAGCCUUCCUUUGCCCUCAAGCCAAGUAUAUUCUCUGUGUGUUAUAUCCUUUCACAUUAUCUUUAUCUCUCUAUAUCUUUACGAGUUUCUGUGUUGAAACCGUAAUCAGUUUCUCUCUCCGAACCCGAGAUCUGCUAUUUGACCGUCGAUCUUCGUAGAGUAAUGGCAUCUGGCUCAUCGGGUCGGCCCAACUCCGGUUCCAAGGGCUUCGAUUUCGCUUCUGAUGACGUUCUUUGUUCUUAUGAGGACUAUAUUAAUAACCAGGACGCCUCCAACGGAGGCCACUCGUCCGAUCCUGUUGUCGGGACUAAUUCCAGCAAGGAUUUUCAUAAAAGCAGAAUGACCCGAUCUUCAGUGUUUCCUGCUACUUCCUAUAGUCAGCCAGAGGACUCUUUCAACCAAGAUGUAUCUUCUAUUGUUGAAAAAAGCAUGAAAAAAUAUGCUGACAAUCUCAUGCGCUUUCUUGAAGGAAUCAGUUCACGGCUCUCGCAGUUGGAACUCUACUGCUACAACGUUGAUAAAUCAAUUGGAGAAAUGCGAUCUGAUUUAGCUCGUGACCAUGAGGAGGCAGAUUCAAAGCUUAAAUCUCUUGAGAAACAUCUUCAAGAGGUCCACAGGUCUGUUCAGAUCCUGAGGGACAAGCAAGAGCUUGCUGAUACUCAGAAAGAAUUGGCCAAGCUUCAGCUUGUUCAGAAAGAGUCAUCUUCUUCAAGCCAGUCUCAAUCCAAUGAAGAGAAAUAUUCACCACCUGCCUCUGAUGCCAAGAAAACUGAAAACUCUCUGGAAGUGCACAACCAGCAGUUAGCUCUUGCCCUGCCUCAUCAGGUUGCUCCGCCGCAGCAGCCGAUAGUAUUCCCCUCUCAGCCUGCUCCCCAGAAUGUGAUCCAGCAACAACCCUAUUAUUUAACUGCGAACCAGCUACCAACUCCUGUACCCCAUUCCCAACACUCCCAGAGUCAGUACCUGCCUUCUGAUCCUCAAUAUCGGACUUCUCCAAUGCAGGAGAUGUCGAGGGUACCGCAGCCAGCACAAUCUCAAGUAAAUCAAACACCGCCCGUCCAAUCCUUCCCUCAGUAUCAGCAGCAAUGGCCACAGCAAGUACCUCAGCAGGUGCCACCACCCCAGCAGCCCUCUAUUCAACCACAGGUUAGACCCCAAUCAUCAACAGUUUAUCCUUCCUACCCUACUGGACAAUCAACAAAUGCAUCUCCAGAGACGCUGCCCAGCAGCAUGUCAAUGCAAGUGCCAUUUUCAUCCACUCCGCAACCUGUAUCCAGCCGUGCUGAUGCCAUGCCUUAUGGGUAUACUGCAGCAGGUAGGACUGGUCCACAGCAGCCUACACAACAAGUGAAGGUUCCUUUUGGAGUACAACCAGGUGAUGGUUAUGCAGUUGCUGGCCCCCACCAAGGGCUGCCCCCACCUCCUGGGAGUGCAUAUAUGAUGUAUGACAGUGAAGGAGCUAGAGCACAUCAUCAACCUCAGCAACCUCACUUCCCACAGGGUGGAUAUCCGCCCACGAAUCUAUCUCUUCAGAAUCCACAGCCAUCUGCAGCUGCUAUGGUGCAAACUCCAAACCAUUCGCAAUUUACACGCAACCAUCCUCUCAAUGAAUUGAUUGAGAAAUUGGUGAGCAUGGGUUUCCGGGGUGAUCAUGUUGUCAGUGUAAUUCAGAGGAUGGAGGAGAGCGGCCAGCUUGUGGAUUUUAAUUCUGUACUUGACAGGCUGAAUGUGCAUUCUUCUGGGAGUUCUCAGCCUCAGAGAGGGUGGUGAAGAGAAAGGUGGUGUGAUCGUGAUUGUGUGCUUCUAGCGUUUGAAUAAAGUCUGGCGUCAUGCGCACCUUCUUACUUCUUAGUAGAUCGGUGUGCAUACUUAUUGUAUAUUUUGUGCACGCGUUACCUAUAUUUUAAUGGUUCUUGCUUGCUUAUCUCUUGUGUUGGGCUCCUCUCCCUUCGUUCGAAUAUUAUUGUACAUGGGGAGAUCCCAUAACACCUCAACUCUUACGGUACCGAGAGUUAUGUAUUCAAAGCGAAACCACAACUUUCUUACAUCAAAUUUCUCUCGCUAAA